UGAGAGAGAGCUCCCAUUAGUGUACUUUCCUUCCCUCGUCAUCUCCGUUUCUUGCAAAUUACGUCAAAACGCACCGUUUUCUCCAUUGAAAAAGAAUUCCCCAGUUCUUUCUUAAAAAAAGCACUCUUCCUGUUAAUUUCUCAGUUCGAUCUCUUAUUUUCAAUGGAGGAAUCAUCGUAUUCAAAUCUUGCUACAACUCAUUUACUCGGCUCAGUUCCCGCUGUUGUCAAUGAAGAAAAGAAGGCCUCGUAUGCAGUUCCUGGAGCGAAGAUGCAAAUUUUCCCGCCAAAUAAUGGUGGUGGAGGAGGUGGCGGCCGAGGUUAUCAAACUCUUGGAGCUCCAACUGAAGUAUUCGAACAACAGCCACCAAACAACUGGAAAGGAGUGUUUAGUAUAUCGUCAUACACACAGUAUUUUAAUGUGGAUAUAGAUGUUGUCAUAAACAGAUUGAUAAGUUCCUUUUAUCCUGUUGGUGGAGUUUUUUUCAGCAAGAUUGAUGCUAACCCUGAUCUGAAAACUGCAAGAAGCAUUAAAGGAAGCAUACUAACCAUGAAACAAGGCACCUGUAGCUCAGUAGAUAGAGCGUCUGUUUCCUAAGCAGAAAGUCAUAAGUUGAACCCAUACCUGGUGCGUGCUGAUUUAUUUGAUUUACUGAUUCUCUUGUGUAAGUUCUUGGUCAUUUCAAAGAAGUACUCAGAUUGAGGUUAACAACAGGGUUGCCUCAUUUAACCACAGAUUGUGUUAAUAACAACAUUUUGCAUAGCUUUUGGUUUUGAUGUAACAAUAUUUCAAUUUCUUUUGGAUAUAUAAAAUCACCUAAUUAUCCAAAAAGAAAGCAUACUAAACAUGAUUAGUGCAUGUGGUUUUUAUCUAAAGGGAAUAAAGGCCAGCAGUAAUACAAAAGAUACAUGCACGCAUCAGUUGCACGUUUAUUGCAUCGUUGUCUAUAAUUCUUAUCCUAGUCCUACCCUUUUCAUUUGUGGUCAAUUGGUCUUCUUUGCAAGUAGACUGAUAAAAAGAAGCCAUUUUUAAGAAAGAAAAUAGGAAGACAAGAUAGAUAGAAUCCUUUGAUCUUAAUAGUUUUAUGGAAGUUAAAGUACACUAGAAUUUUGUACUUAGUUUGUAUUUUUGUAGUUUGUAUUUUUAGCCUUUUAUUUUUCUUAUACAAGAGACUCUCAAUGAGUUGUUUGAAAGGGAGAUCAUGGAUAGUCUGCCUUCAACCAAAGGAUAUUUUCUCGUAAGUCAAUCAAGGUAUUUUUUAAUGUAUAAUGCUAGGAUACAAGCAGUAAAUUCUCUUCUGAUGGUUUUCUAAAAGUAAGAGGGUACAUGGUCCUUGUUUUGUCUCAAUGAGAAAAUUGAAUUUCUUAUUGCAAUGAUGUAAUGAAAUAUACAUCUGAUUAUGUGGAAAUCUUGACGAUGUAACAGAUGCAACUAGAUAGUGGGAAUCAAUGUGCAGUUAUUUUCAUGAUUAUUUGUUAAUUUAGUUUAUUGGUCUUGAUUUUUGCCAUAUGUUAGGUAUGGGCUUAUCUGGG